AUGGGCUCCACUGGCGCCGAAAUGAUCGUCAUCCCGGCAGCUAACAACGACGAAGACUCAUGCACGUACGCGAUGCAGCUGGCGGCAGCGUGUAUCUUGCCGAUGACGCUCAAAAACGCCAUCGAGCUAGGCAUGCUAGAGAUCCUUGUGGGCGCCGGCGGGAAGGCUCUGUCGCCGUCCGAGGUGGCCGCGCGGCUGCCAUCGACCACUACCAACCCGGACGCGCCGGCAAUGGUGGACCGCAUGCUGCGGCUGCUGGCGUCGUUCAACGUGGUGUCGUGCGAGGUGGAGGAGGGUAAGGACGGCCUCCUCGCCCGCCGGUACGGCCCCGCGCCGGUAUGUAAGUGGCUCACACCCAACGAGGACGGCGUCUCCAUGGCCGCGCUGCUCCUCAUGUGCCACGAUAAGGUCACUAUGAAGAGCUGGUAUCAUUUGAAGGACGCAGUCCUCAACGGCGGCCUCCCGUUCGAGAAGGCGCACGGGAUGCCGGCGUUCAAGUACCACGGCACGGACCCGCGGUUCAAUCGCGUGUUUAACGAGGGCAUGAAGAACCACUCCACCAUCAUCACCAAGAAGCUCCUCGAGUCCUACACGGGCUUCGACGGCCUCCGCGCCCUCGUCGACAUCGGCGGCGGUACCGGUGCCACCAUCCACGCCAUUACCUCCAAGUAUCCACAACUCAGCGGAGUCAACUUCGACCUCCCCCACGUCAUCUCCGAGGCACCGCCAUAUCCUGGCGUACGGCACAUCGGCGGCGACAUGUUCAAGGAGGUUCCGUCCGGCGCUGAUGCUAUCCUCAUGAAGUGGAUCCUCCAUGACUGGACUGACGAGCAAUGUGCGACGCUGCUGAGGAACUGCUAUAAUGCACUCCCCCCGCACGGCAAGGUGGUCGUAGUGGAGUGUGUCCUACCGGUGAACCCGGCCGAUGCCUCGCGCAAUGCGCAGACGGUCUUCACGAUCGACAUGAUCAUGCUCACGGACACCCCUGGUGGAAAGGAGAGGUACCAUAGGGAAUUCGAAAUGCUGGCCAAGGGCGCCGGAUUCGCCAAUGUCAAGGCCACCUACAUCUACGCCAACGCUUGGGCCAUCGAGUUCACCAAGUAG